AGAAUGACUUUCCUCUCAAAUCUCAAGCACCCACUUUUGAGUGUAGAAAGAAAAGAAAAAAGAAAAUACUGUAUGAUUGACGUUUAACAUGUCACUCAUGCCUAACGAGCUGCUUAAUUUGGCACCACCAUUUGGCGAGCUAUAUUGAAAUUGUAUGUAUUCUACAUUUCAGUAAACCCUACAAUAAACCCUACCAUAAAAUCAAUCACGGAAAAUCGAAAAUGGGAUCUUUGAUACCUGAAACAGCACGAAAGGUCUUUACAUCAGAAACCCUAAGAUCAGCAGCAAAACAAUCAGAACGUCUUCAUAUUGUUCCUCUCCGACUUCGUAGAGCCAUUAAGAAAUACCUUCGAGAGCAGGAAAACCCGCAUAUGAAGAGAAAUGUACUGAGUUUAAGUCAAUCUUUUGCUAAUAUAAAGAGUGAUAAUGAAACCCUGAAUGCAAGUACCUCGAGGGCAUUGGUUGAAGACCCUUUGAGAUCCCAAAACCAGUUAGGGAAAAGAUGGAAAAUUAAGACUUCCUAUGGUGAUAGUGGAUUGAAGUACAGAGAUGUUGAAACAUUAGCUUAUGUUGCCUCUCGAAUGCCCGCAGUUUAUUCAGCUUGUCAUAGAAUUUUUAGAGAGGUUAGGAGGAGAUUACCUGGUUUUGAACCUACUACUGUUUUGGAUUUUGGGUCUGGUACUGGUUCUGCUCUGUGGGCUCUGAGGGAAAUGUGGCCUCACUCGCUGGAGAAAAUUAACUUAGUAGAGCCAUCUAAGGCGAUGCAACGAGCAGCUCAAAGCCUUAUAUCAGGUAUGAAGGGCUUGCCACUUAUUAAGAGUUACGAUAGCAUUCAAGCACUAAACCAAAAUAUCGAUAAAUCUGAGAGGGAACACGACCUCGUCAUUGCAUCGUACGUUCUUGGUGAGAUACCGUCGCUCCAAGAUAGAAUUACAGUUGUUCGGCAGCUUUGGGAUCUUACACGAGAUGUCCUGGUUUUGGUUGAGCCGGGAACACCUCAAGGGUUUGACAUCAUAUCUCAAAUGCGGUCUCAUAUUCUUUGGCUGGAAAAAAGGAGAUGCCGCAAAUCUAAUGACGCUUCUUCCGAUGCUCUGGAGGACCUAAGGAGUUCAAAAAAGGGUGCAUUUGUUGUUGCUCCUUGUGGACACGAUGGAGCUUGCCCUCUAGAAAAUACUGGAACAUUUUGUCAUUUUGUUCAACGCAUGCAGAGGACAUCUUCGCAACGUUUGUACAAGAGAUCCAACGGUAAACCUUUACGUGGUUACGAGGAUGAGAAAUUCUGCUUUGUUGUUCUUAGAAGGGGGCAGAGGUCAAGUGUCCAGUGGCCGCUUGAUGAUACAAAAUUUGAAACUUUAAAGGAACUAAGUGCCAAAAUUCCUGAAGAAUUUGAGAGUGACUCUGGAUUAUACCCUUUAUCAGAUGACCGAUUUGAUUUUGGCGAAGAUGAGGAAAUGUCAAACGAAGAAGAUCCAGUUUCCUGUAAUUCCGAUGUUCCAGAAGAUGCAGCAGAUAAAGAUGACGAAGAAAAUUUAGUUCCCUACAACUCUGAUGCUUCAGAGGAUGCAGUGGAUUCAGAAGAUGCAGUGGAUAAAUAUGAAGACGAGGAAGUUGAAGAAUGCCCGGCUGAUCUUGGAACUGGUUGGGGUCGGAUUAUAUUUGCACCCAUGAAAAGGGGUAAACAAGUUAUGAUGCAUGUUUGUCGAUCCGUCAAACAAGAUGGUUCCGAGGGUGCUUUGGAGCGUGUUAUUGUGACACGGUCUAAAAAUCCCGCCUUACACCGUCUAGCUAAGAAGUCGUUUUGGGGAGAUUUAUGGCCCUUGAAGUGGGAAGACAAACAGACGGCAUUAUCCCAACAAAAUAGGGCAGCCAAAAGCAAAAGUUUGGUACCUCCCCUUUGAUAUUACUCAGUAGGCAGUUCAAUUUACCUCUGUAGCAGUGUAUGCAAAUUGAAAAUUUACCCAGAAAUCUUUGGCGUUUAGAAUAGCCAGAUAUCUUUGCAUCUCAUAUGUACAUAAUGUAGCUUCAUAUUCGCAGGAAUUAGUAAUAACCUGGCCUGCAAGCUACAAGUGCAGGUUUGUAAAAGAUUUAAUUUUAGUUCUUUCUUUACUUUGUUUUGAA